AUGGUCUUGCCUUCUGAACCAGAGUUUGAACAGGUUUUGAAAGAAAUCACUACUACCCUUCAGCCUUUCCUGAAGCGUAAUCCUGAGUACCAGCGCGCGCUCGAUGUCGUCCAAAUCCCAGAGCGAGUGAUUCAGUUCCGUGUCACCUGGGAGGACGAUAAAGGGAAAGUCCAAGUAAAUCGCGGCUACCGAGUCCAGUUCAACUCUGCCAUUGGUCCUUACAAGGGUGGCCUCCGCCUUCACCCAUCCGUAAAUCUCUCUAUUCUCAAGUUCCUCGGUUUCGAGCAAAUUUUCAAAAAUGCCCUUACCGGCUUGAACAUGGGUGGCGGCAAGGGUGGAUCCGACUUUGACCCCAAGGGGAAGUCUGAUAACGAGAUUCGCAAAUUCUGCUAUGCAUUCAUGGGAGAGCUGUCGCGCCAUAUUGGCCAGGACACCGAUGUUCCGGCUGGGGAUAUUGGUGUGGGGGGCCGUGAGGUUGCCUACCUCUUUGGCGCCUACAAGAAGAUCAGAAAUGAAUGGUCCGGGAUACUUACGGGAAAGGGAGGUGACUUCGGGGGGUCGUACAUCCGUCCGGAAGCCACCGGAUAUGGCCUGAUCUACUAUGUCGCCAAAAUGCUUGAAACACAAAAGGAGCUUGCUUCUUUCAAGGGUGCUCGUGUCCUUGUCUCCGGCUCUGGGAAUGUUGCCCAAUAUGCCGCGCUGAAACUCAUUGAACUUGGCGCCAUCGUUCUCUCUCUCUCCGACUCGACUGGGGCGCUCAUUGCCAGGAAUGAACAUGAAGGAUUUACCACUAGAGACAUAGAGCAGAUUGCAGAGAUUAAACUCAAACACCAGAGCCUUACGUCGUUCAACAUCCAGGCGAACGCCAACGAGAGUCGUUUCGUGUGGCACGCUGGUGCGAGACCAUGGACGCUCGUCCAGAAUGUCGAUAUUGCUCUACCGUGCGCAACGCAAAACGAAGUGAGCGGUGAGGAGGCUACAGCGCUCAUCGCUUCUGGAACCAAGCUGGUCGCAGAGGGCAGCAACAUGGGUUGCACGCUAGAGGCCAUUGAAGUCUUCGAGGUAGGCAGGAGGACUGGCAAGGGAAUAUGGUAUGCCCCAGGGAAGGCAUCCAACUGUGGUGGUGUUGCCGUGUCCGGUCUGGAAAUGGCGCAGAACUCUGCUCGUCUGAAGUGGACACCCGAGGAAGUUGACAACAAACUCAAGAACAUCAUGGAGACAGCGUAUGCCAACUCCUAUGAGGUUGGUAAACAAUAUAGUUCGGAGAAUCUUGGGGAAGGUGCAUUGCCUAGCUUGGUUGUCGGUGCCAACAUCGCUGGUUUCGUCAAGGUUGCGGAUGCCAUGCGUGCACAGGGAGACUGGUGGUAG